CAUGCUGUUGUUGAGCGCUGGCCCAUGGACUCAGUCGCUUGAGCGCUGGUCGGCCCCGGAAAACAAAAGAGGAAAACAUCGUCGACGCUCCUCCCCCAACCACCGCUCCUCCGCUCGUGCUGAUGGCGGCGGCGAUCCGGUCCCUCCUCCGCAAGGCGGCGCCGUCCCUCGGCCGCGGGUCGCCGGCCCUCGGCCGCAUGUCGCCGGUGGUGCAGGGGCUUUCGCCGGCGGCGCGCCUCCUCUCAACGACGGGGGGACAAGUGGCUUAUUCUGAUGAUGAUGAAACGCUGGCCAAACAGCGUGAGGAAAUAAAGCGCAUGACUGCUGAGUUUGAUGCGAGCAUGCUGGAGAUCCGCAAGAAUUUGGAUGCUAUGGAUGAAAUUGAGAGAUCCAAUGGACAUGGUGGUCGCUUGAGCCUGGGUUGGUUUCCGGCCAGGUGGAUGCAGCCUGUGGAAGAUGAGAACCCGAGGGGGCAGCGUCGGCCGGCACCUGCUCGAUGUCGACCACGGAAGGGCACCAAGCAUGGCAGAUAUAGUGAGAGCCGAAGAGGGAGACCACAGCUGACUCUGAUGCUCGCCAUUCUCCCCGACAAGAAGGAGAUCUGGUUGGAGGAUGUCGAGGAUGCGAAGCUAGUGAGGCAGUUGUCCGCGGAGCCGCCCGGAAGGCCAGCAAAUAACACCGAGGAACAUGAGGCGUCCCCGAAUUACUUGUCGCACGUAUGGAUGUAUCUAGAUGUAUUUUAGUUUUAGAUACAUCCAUUUCAACGACGAGUAAUUUGGAACGGAGGGAGUAUGAGAUCAAGGUCUCAUUUAUACUACAUAUCUGCUCAAUGCUUGCAGUAGAAAGCUUUUCUCAUUGUUGUGUGGCAGGAGCUGAUAUUUUCUUAUUUAUUUACUUUUCCUGUUGGGGAUACUUUGGUGCUACCUCCGUUGGGCCUACCAAAAUGUCGUGUAUUUUG